AUGCCUGAGCACACCUGGGACACCUGGGGACAGCUGGGACACGUGGACACACCUGGGACACCUGGGGACACCUGUGUGCCACCCACCUGGGCACACCUGGACACACCUGUGUGCCGCACACCUGGCACACCUGGGGACACCUGGGCACACCUGGACACACCUGUGUGCCACCCACCUGGGCACACCUGGGACACCUGGGGACACCUGUGUGCCACCCACCUGGGCACACCAGGGCACACCUGGCACAUCUGGGGACAGCUGUGUGCCUCCCACCUGGGCACACCUGGGCACACCUGGGCACACCUGUGCCCCUCCCCCCCCACCUGUCGCCACCUGUGCCCCUCCCCCCAUGUGUCCCCACCCUCCCCCGGCUGCUCUGGCCCCACCCCCAUGUCCUCUAGCCCCACCCCUGUGUCCUAUGGCCACACCCCCAGGUGCUCUGGCCCCUCCCCCAUGUGCCUUGGCCCUGCCCCUUGCCCUGUGGCCCCGCCCCCAGGCGCUCUGGCCCCGCCCCCUCCCCGCUGUUUUGGGGGGAUUUGGGGGGAUUUUGGUGCCGUUUUUUUGGACGUUUUUGAAAAAAACCUCGACGUGGCCUUGACCCCCCCGGAGCUCCCAGUUCAAACCAGUCCAAACCAGUCCAAACCAGUAUCCUAUCCCCAUUCAAACCACUUCAAACCAGUAUCCCAUCCCAGUCCAAACCAGUCUAAACCAGUAUCCCAUCCCAGUCUAAACCAGUUCAAACCAGUAUCCCAUCCCAGUCUAAACCAGUUCAAACCAGUAUCCCAUCCCAGUCUAAACCAGUUCAAACCAGUAUCCCAUCCCUGUCCAAACCAGUUCAGACCAGUCCAUCCCAGUCCCUCCCAGUUUGUCCCAGUCCCUCCCAGUUCAGUCCCAGUCCAUCCCAGUCCCUCCCAGUUCAAUCCCAGUCCAUCCCAGUCCCUCCCAGUUCAAUCCCAGUCCAUCCCAGUCCCUCCCAGUCCAUCCCAGUCCCUCCCAGUUCAAUCCCAGUCCCUCCCAAUCCCUCCCAGUCCCUCCCAGUUCAAUCCCAGUCCAUCCCAGUCCCUCCCAGUUCAAUCCCAGUCCAUCCCAGUCCUUCCCAGUCCAUCCCAGUUCAAUCCCAGUCCUUCCCAUCCAUCCCAGUUCAAUCCUAGUCAAUCCCAGUUUGAUCCCAGUCCCUCCCAGUUCCGGGGCCCCUCCCCCACCAGCGUUGCCUCUGAGCCCCUCCCCCCCCUCAUUUCGGGGGUGGGGGAGGGGCGGAAAUCGCAAAUUUUAUUUUUUUUUUAAAUUUUCUCUCCAGAAUUGCCCAAAUCCAGCGGAAUUCACGGGAAAACCGCGGGGGGUGGGGGGAGGGAAUGGGGGAGGGGCAGGGUGGGGGAGGGGCGGCACAAAGAAUGAAAUAAAAGUUGAAAUUUUUGGGGUU